GGAAGCGCGCGAGUCCGGCAUCAUCUGGAUUUAUCAACUUUGGAACAUGAAUACAUUGCAUGCCGAAAUUAGGCUACUCCAGAACAACAGUUGAUUGUCUGCAUCCCUCCUUGAACUGUGUAACCCGCUUCGUGCGCGCAUUUUAAACUUUGCGCUUGGGGACCGGUGGCAUCUCCAGGUUUUACGCAAUGACUUUUUGAUGUUUUUUUUUGUUUUUUUUGUGCUUACCAUUGUGGAACUGACUGAGGAGUUGGACGGAUAGAUUUUUUAUUUAUUUAUCUAAAACAAACAACACCUUUGGUUCGGGUGACCUAUCCUGGUUUUCAGCCGAGCAGGGCUACUCGUGAGGAACAGAUUAUUUUACAAACUUGAACAAUCAAUAUUUGGUUACCAUUUUGAUCCAAAGAAUGAUUCUCCGAAGAUGUAACGCCUGGUUGGCGCUUUUGCUUCUGUGCACCUCCGUAAAAACUCAAGAUGCACAGCUGGAAGAUGAGACCAUUUUCGACUUGUUUGAAACCAGCGGAAUCACACGUAAGACUGUCGGUGUGAAACUUUUCAAGGGUCUGGAGAGUGAUGCUCCAGCAUACCGCUUCAUCCGUUUCGACCAGCUCCCCUCUGUCAGCUCUACUGCACUACAACAACUUCUUUUUCAGAUACAAAAUAAUGAAGGCUUCAUUCUGACUGCCACCCUGCGGCAGGACCGCACAUCCCGUGGCACCAUUCUUGCAUUGGAGGGCCCAGGAGAGCACCGCCAGUUUGAGGUUGUUUCGGAUGGCCGAACCAACACCCUAGAUUUGGUGUACUGGUGGGCAGAUGGCUCACGCAAUGUGAUCUCUUUCGAGGACGUAGACCUCUCGGAUUCGCAGUGGAAGAAUGUAACGCUUUGUGUGCAUGGAGAGACCGCAACCUUGUAUGUUGGCUGCGGACUCAUUGAUAGCUUCAUUCUUGAUGAACCUUUCUAUGAGCACCUGAGUGCCACAGGUGGCCGUAUGUUUGUGGCUAAAGGGUCCACCCGAGAAAGCCAUUUUAGGGGCUUGCUGCAGAAUGUACGUUUUAUCUUUGACACCCCGCUUGAGGACAUUCUGGAGAGCAGGGGAUGUGAUCUUGGAAACCCAGUGGAGGCGAAUGUUGUCAGCGAGAGUGCAGAGGUGGUCGAAGUUCCAUCCUCCAUUGCCACCAAUGUGAUUGGCCAGAACACAGAUGUUCCAGCAACCAGCUCUUCAGAACUUAUGUGUGAACGUUCCUGUGAGGAACUGGCAAACCUCUUCCAGGAGCUCAAGGGUCUUAGAGUUGUCGUUAGCAACCUCAUAGACGGUCUGCAGAAAGUGACAGAAGAAAACACAGCAAUGAAGGAGGCAUUAAAUAAGAUGCAGAAUCCUUUGGAGCAGAGCAUGUGUUGGCAAGAUGGUCGUUUGUUUGAAGAUAAAGAGGACUGGAUUGUUGAUAGCUGCACUAAAUGUACAUGCCAAGAGGGAAAAGUUGUUUGUCGUCAGAUCACUUGUCCCGCAGUGGCAUGUGCCAAUCCAUCCUUCAUCGAUGGGGAAUGUUGUCCAGUUUGCCUUCCAAUGGACAGUGAGGACAGCUGGUCUCCGUGGUCUGAGUGGACUCAGUGCACAGUUACAUGUGGAAGUGGCACCCAGCAGAGGGGACGAUCUUGUGAUGACACUAGCAACACAUGUUCUGGACCCUCAAUUCAGACACGCAAGUGCAGUUUGGGAAAAUGUGACCGCAGAGUUCGUCAGGAUGGUGGCUGGAGCUUGUGGUCUCCCUGGUCGCCCUGUUCAGUGACGUGUGGGGAGGGACUGAUCACACAUAUUCGUCACUGUAAUUCCCCUGUUCCACAAAAAGGAGGCAAAGACUGUGAAGGUGAAGGGCGAGAGACACAGAGCUGCCAUGCAGAGCCCUGCCCGAUUGAUGGUGGAUGGGGCCCAUGGUCUCCCUGGGCAACAUGCUCGGCAACAUGUGGAGGGGGUCUGAAGAGUCGUGUUCGAGAGUGUAACAGUCCUGCUCCGCAGCAUGGAGGAAGGAAGUGUCUUGGAGACUCCAUUGAGAAUGACGUAUGCAACCGACAGGAGUGCCCUAUUGAUAGCUGUCUUUCAAAUCCUUGCUUUUCUGGAGUUGAGUGUAGCACAGCUUCUGAUGGAUCCUGGGAAUGUGGUCCCUGCCCCAAUGGUUACCGUGGCAAUGGAACUUCCUGUGAAGAUAUAAAUGAGUGCGAAAUGGUUUCAGAUCUAUGUCAUAAGGUGGGUGGUCUACAGCAAUGUGUGAACACAGACCCAGGAUUCCACUGUCUGCCCUGCCCCCCGCGCUACAAAGGGACUCAGCCCUAUGGCAUGGGAGUGGAGUCAGCUAAAAUCAACAAACAGGUGUGUGAACCCUACAACCCUUGCAAGGACAACAGCCACAGCUGCCAUAAGUAUGCAGAAUGCAUCUUCCUUAGUCACUUCACUGACCCUAUGUACAAGUGUGAGUGUCGUAUUGGUUAUGCUGGAGAUGGCAUCAUCUGUGGAGAGGACUUUGAUCUGGAUGGAUGGCCCAAUCAGGAUCUUGUGUGUGGAGCAAAUGCCACCUACCACUGCAAAAAGGACAACUGUCCGACUCUUCCCAACUCUGGUCAGGAGGACUUUGACAAUGAUGGGCAAGGAGAUGCUUGUGAUAAAGACGAUGAUAAUGAUGAAAUUAUGGAUGAAAGGGACAACUGCCCCUUGAUGUAUAACCCCAGGCAGUAUGACUAUGACAAGGAUGAUGUCGGCGAUCGUUGUGAUAACUGCCCGUAUGAACACAAUCCUGCACAGACUGACACCGACAACAAUGGAGAAGGAGACGCCUGUUCCAUUGAUAUAGAUGGAGAUGAGAUUCUAAACGAGCAAGACAACUGCGCUUACAUUUACAACACAGACCAGAAAGACACAGAUUUAGAUGGCGUCGGAGACCAGUGUGAUAACUGCCCCUUAGUCCACAACCCACAACAGAUGGAUACAGAUAAUGAUCUAGUUGGAGACCAGUGUGAUGACAACCAGGACAUUGAUGAAGAUGGCCAUCAAAAUAACAUGGAUAACUGCCCCUACAUAGCCAACUCUAACCAAGCCGACCAUGAUGGAGAUGGAAAAGGAGAUGCUUGUGAUCAUGAUGAUGAUAAUGAUGGCAUUCCUGAUGACAGGGAUAACUGCAGACUGGUUACUAAUAUGGACCAACUGGACUCUGAUGGUGAUGGUCGUGGUGACGCUUGUGAGAAUGAUUUUGACAAUGACAAUGUCCCGGAUAUCUUUGAUGCAUGCCCGGAAAACAGUGCCAUCAGCAUCACAGACUUCCGCAAGUUCCAAAUGGUUCACCUAGAUCCUAAAGGAACCACGCAGAUUGAUCCCAACUGGGUGGUCCGAAAUCAGGGCAAAGAGCUUGUGCAGACUGCCAACUCUGACCCUGGCAUUGCAGUGGGCUUUGAUGAGUUCAGCGCAGUGGAUUUCAGUGGAACCUUCUAUGUGAAUACAGACAGGGAUGAUGACUAUGCAGGCUUUGUGUUUGGAUACCAGUCUAGCCGACGAUUUUACGUCGUAAUGUGGAAACAGAUCACGCAGACAUAUUGGGAAGACAAGCCAUCAAAGGCAUUUGGCAUCUCUGGUGUAUCCCUUAAGGUGGUCAACUCCACCACAGGCACUGGGGAAAACCUACGUAAUGCAUUAUGGCACACAGGCAACACCAAGCAACAGGUGCGCACUCUGUGGCAUGACCCAAAGAACAUCGGAUGGAAAGACUUUACUGCAUACCGCUGGCAUCUCAUCCACAGACCAAAGACUGGCUUCAUUAGAGUUGUAGUGUAUGAAGGCAAGCAGAUCAUGGCAGACUCGGGUCCAAUUUAUGACAAGACAUUUGCUGGUGGGAGACUCGGACUAUUUGUUUUCUCCCAGGAGGCCGUCUUCUUCUCUGACCUCAAAUAUGAAUGCAGAGGUAAUUGAGUAUUGAGUUUUAUUGGAAUACCAUGGACUUUGUCAUGGACUUUUUUUUAUCAAAGUGAAACCAGAUCAGUGCAGUGCCUUAUUGGAAGAAAAUUGAGACUUUCUGCAAUGAGUGCCCACAUGAGGGCAACACUUACAUCCAGAGACUAGAAGUGCCUUGAAUAGGUGAAUAUACCUUGCAGUUGACAUCAAAAAGUGUGGGUGGAAACAAAAGUUUGGUAAGACCACAGCAUUCAUUUGAAAUCUCCGUUAAUUGUUGCACAAAUAAUCUUUGUAAUGCUACAAUGAGUCCUGCCAUCUUGAAUAUGAACCCAAGGCUCUGUGUUGAGGGUUUAUAAUUUUUUUUUAUUUUAUUUUUUUUUUUUUAAUCAUUUAGUCUUUUAUAUGUGCUUUUCUAGUCAUUCUUAUGGAGAGAAAUUUAAUGCAAUUGUUUUGUGUUUGUUGCGAACAUUUAGGGAGAUGUAUUAUAUUCAGUCUUUUACUACUAUCUACUGUAACUUAUUUGUCUGUUUUUCUGUGCAAGUUUAUUAGUUAACAUCUCUUUUGAAUUUCCUCUUGCUGACAACUUGUAAAUACUUAUUUAUUUGUUUACAUUGACACAUUUUUACAAAUUACAUUUAAAAGGAUGUUUGCAUAUAUUAUCAAAUUGCGUUCAUGGUCAUAGUCAGUAAGGCUUUAUCAUUGCUAUUGCUGUAUCUACAGAUAAAGUGAAAGUGUUUGGAUAGAAAGGGGAUGAAAUAAAGUGUCAUAUUAGUAUUUGAUUAGUGCUUACAGUUAUUUUAAUAUAUAUAUAUAUAUAUAUAUAUAUAUAUAUAUAUAUAUAUAUAUAUAUAUAUAUAUA